UCAACUGUCUUGAAAUAAAGUCAAAUGUCAAUAACAUUUGAUUAUUUUGAAAUCCGAAUAUCGAAAUUCGAAAAUGUCCUCGAACAACAAGUUUCUAGUAGUACAAUAAAACUAAACUGUAUUUUAUUUUAAUAUGUCUAACAAUGUAUAAUUUAGUAUGUAUUUCAAUAGCCUAAAAGCUUCUACGACAAUUAUGGCCCAUGUACUGGUGAAAAUAUAAUUUUCAUCAAAAUUCUCGUUUUAAUGAUUACAUAAAUCAUUAGGUACCGCUUAAUUAUAAUUGUAUACCUUUUUUUAUCUCAAACUAGCCAUACUACCAUGUUAACAUAAUAUUAAAUAUCUUAGGACAGGGUAAACGUGUGAGUGCAACUUUAUUUAUUUAUUCUUCUUCAUGUGUAACUCAUGAUGUCUAUGAAUUAUGCUUUCGGAUUUUCAUUAUUUCUACUCGUUCUUGUGGCCCUAAAUAUUUAUUUUUUCUACACCCUUAACACUGUGGGAGCAAGGUCUCCUAAAUUCAAUGUGCCAAGUAUGAAGUUAGAUUUAACCUCUAGUGUUUUUAAAGACAUUUACGAUUAUCUGAACUAUUUGCCCAGUAAUUACAAAAUCAAAAAUCCUAAAUUUCUACCUAUACAGAACAAUCUUUUAGCAUCAUUCAAUUCUAGUCACAAUAUUAAUAAUCAAGAUGUGUGGAGUGAAACAGAGAAUUGGAGUAGUGAAGAGUCCUUGUUUCCUCACACAAAUGGUGCUCCUGGUAGAAUAUUACAAGCCAUACAAACCUCACAGAUAGCAUUGGUUGACAAUGCCCCUAAAGGAACACAAUUGAAGCUAUUGUUGCUACUUGAAGGUAAGCAAAAGAUAUAUUUUAAGCCCAAGCGUUACGACUUGGACCAUGUAAUCAUUGGGAACAUCUAUGGAGGAUUCGAUCGCCACAACUCUGAAGUGUUUGCCUAUUACUUAGCAAUGGUGUUGAACUUUAGAUGGAUCCCACCUUCAGUUAUAAGACGCAUACAUAUACAUAAGGACAUAAUGCCGGUUGCUACUGCAGGGUUAAAACGGACUAUGGUAAAAAAUGAGAGUGGCUCACUGUGCAUCUAUGGCAAAUGCUUUUACUGUAAAGUAAAUGAAACUGUAUGUCCUGACAGUAAAGGUGAAAUUGAAGGAGCAGCGAUCCUAUAUUUGGACAGACAGUUUAAAAUACACAAGUCACCCUGGAAAAGGUCUUACAGCACCAAAAAAAUGGAAUGGGAAACUGAUAAUGACUUUUGUAAGAAAGUAAAAGGAGCAUUAAGUACAAAGAGGUUACUCAAUUUGAUAGAUGUCGCUAUUUUCGAUUUUCUGAUUCAAAAUGGCGACAGACAUCGUUAUGAAGUGUACAAGGAUCAAAUCGUAUUACUGGACAACGGGAAAGGGCUGGGAAAUGCUAUGGUCGACGAGUUAGAUAUUUUAGCACCACUCUACCAAUGUUGUAUACUAUCAACUUCAACUUGGCAGAAAUUAGAAAUGCUUUCUGGGGGUAGUUUAACAGAAACAAUAAAAAAAUUAGGCGCCCUUAGAAAUGACAAGUUGGCGACAGAAGAACAUUUUAAAGCUGUGGAACGAAGAUUACUGAAAGUGUUUGCCACUGUACAGUAUUGUAUUGGUAAACAUGGAAGAUCGAAAGUGUUUCAAAAUGGAUUAUUUUAGUUUUAUACACCUUAAUAUAUAAACAAAAAUAUAAAUACAUGGUGAUUUUUAGAGGUUGAUCUCUCGCGGCGCAAUAAGGUUAUUUCUCGGGUUUUACUAUCAACUGAGGACCUUAAUAUUAGAGUCAUAAGAUCCACAAUUGUUCGGCAAAUAUUAAAUGCUUACAAACUUAUUUCUUAUCAUCAAGGACCAUUUACUUUCACCCUGGAUAAUGUAAAAUCUUACAUGGCAUCAAUUAUUUGCCUGUAAGCUCCUAUGCAUGACAGGGUUUUGGCAACACUACUGUACAAUUAAAUUUAAAUCAAAUCAAAACUUAUAUAUUUCAAUCAGGUUUUGUUUACAAGUACUUUUGAAACGUACAUUAUGUACCUAAUGAUUUGAUGGUGAUAAUUAAACUCGAAAACUUGAAAUUAAAGUUUAAAAUAUUAUAGCAGACGCCCUGCGUAGUUCCCGUUCCCGUGGGAAUAAACUAUGUUAUUCGCUGAUAAUCAAAUGUUACCUCUUUAUAUUAGUAUAGCUAAAUAAUUUAUUCUAGACCGAUUGUAUCGUCAAUAUAUAAUCACUUCGCGGCGCGAUCAACCAUAAGAAAAUCACCUUGUAUGUGUAUACAAGCAUUUUGUACCUAUUGUUAAAAAUGACGGUUUUAGUGAGAUAAAAAUAGUAAGAUUUGUCAUAUUUUGUGCCAGUGCCUAAGAGUAAAGUGGUAAAAUUAAUAACCAAGUGUAAAAAUUUA